GUUCCCAAAAAGUGAGUAGGGUGCCCAAGAGGGAUAUAGAAGGUUUGUUUUGUGUCUAAUUACAUGUACUUUGGGUGGUUAUAAAUAGCAAAUUAUAAACAAUUAUGUCUGUUUUUGUCCAUUUCGUGGUCUUACACGAGAAUAAUUAUAAACUUAUUAGAAAGGAUGUAAUUACAUUCUCUGUAUUCUGAAGGUAUUUUGGGGAGAUUGCAUGGUUGCUGUGUAAAACAGGAACAAAAAAUGAUUUGCAUAUUUUCUGCUCAAUGUCAUAUGUAGCCUGCAUGCGUACUUGAGCCGCCUUCACAUGGUAUGGGUCUGUAGCACAAGCUCGUCGAGUGACAAUAAUACAAGCUCUGUUUCACAAGAUUUAAACUAAAAUCUGUAAUACUCCGGAAGUCUACAAAUCAUAUGAUAAAUCAGAGCGCGGUCUCUACAUGUAUGUCGUCCACGGCGGAAGUCUGCUGACUGGGUCAGAGCACGAGCGCAUGAGGGUUGUAGGCCUACACCUAGUCGAAAAGCAUUUAAGAUGAGUACGCCACAGAAUUCCGCUACGUCUGACGCAGAUAUCAAACAGUCCUGGAAAACAUCCGUAACAAAUAAAGGGGAGUUUGUGAGGAAACCGUCAGCUUUUAGAGACAGCAUUACAGCUGAUGGUUCCAGUGGAUUCAAAGCGGAAGCUGGACGCUACCAUCUGUACGUGUCUCUAGCUUGUCCGUGGGCACACCGCGUGCUCAUCGUGAGACGGCUGAAGGGAUUGCAGGAUGUCAUCUCCCACACGGUCGUCGACUGGCUGCUGACCGAGAAAGGCUGGAAUUUCACUGACCAGAAACCGAAAUGCAGCUUGGACACGGUGAACAACUGUCAGUACCUUCGGGAGAUUUACGCUUUAGCAAAUCCAGCUUACGGUGGUAACAUUACUGUACCCUGCCUGUGGGACAAACAGAAGAGGACUAUUGUAAACAACGAAUCGAGUGAGAUUAUCCGGAUGUUUAACACGGAGUUCAAUGAGUUCUGUAAAACUCCUGAACAGAGAGCGUUGAAUCUGUACCCAGAGGAUCUGCGAGGAGAGAUAGACCAAUUAAACGCCUGGAUAUAUCCGGAAAUUAACAACGGGGUGUACAAGUCCGGCUUUGCCCAGUCUCAGGAAGCGUACGACGCUGCCGUAAGGGUACUUUUCUCUGCCCUGGACAAGGUAGAAAGCGUUUUAUCCAAAAAACGUUAUCUUACCGGAAGUCGAUUUACGGAAGCCGACGUCAGGUUGUUUACCACUUUGGUUCGCUUUGACAUGGUCUAUGUGGGGCAUUUUAAGUGUAACAAGAAGCGUAUCAUAGACUACCCAAACAUCUGGCCUUAUGUGAGGGAGAUUUACCAGAUGCCCGGUGUGGCUGAUACCGUCGACCCUCAGCAUAUUAUGUGUCAUUAUCAGCAAAGUCACAAAACCAUCAACCCUUUCGGUAUCGUGGCUAUUGGACCAGAUCUGGACUUCACACAGCCCCACGGACGGGAGAAGAUGGCAGCUUAAUCCUAUUCACACAGUGGAUCCUCGGGCUUAGUUCAACGAUAUAUCUAGCCGCCUGCUCAUAAUACGUGGCUUCAGUAUCAGACGGGUUUUCAUGACGAAGAAGUUCAUGCAUGCAAAUCUGUGUUUGUUUAGUUUUGUUAAAUUAUCUGGUGUUAAAGUGAUGUGUGUGCGUGUGUGUAUUUUGUUCUGUCAGCGUGUUAAGUUCGGCCAACGAUCUGUCCACGCCAAGUGUCUCGUCAGUGUGAGAAACUCGGACGGAUGGGAAUUACCCCACAUAUAUGGCUAUAUCGCCCUGUUUCACGUAGAAUAUUCUAUUAUUUCUUGUGUAUAUAUCAAUAUCAAUAAACUCAAACAUAUCAAAAUGUA